AUGAACAAGUUCGCCAUCGAGGGACGCAAGCAGACGGUUCACACCGUGCACUCCCUGCAGGCCACCGGCUUGAGCGACGGACUCGGCUGGGACGACGAGCUGGACUUCAACACCCAGGGGAGCAGCCAGUGGGACAGUCUCGUCCACUGGCAGCACCAGGAGACCGGCCUGGCCUACAACGGCUUCAAGCCGACCCAGGGCGAGCUCUCGGCAGCCUCGACGGCCGACAACAAGAUGCCGACCAUCGACCACUGGCACGAGCGGGGAGGGGUGGUCGGCCGCGGCGUCCUCGUCGACUACAAGGCCUACGCCGAGGCCAAGGGGAUCGACUACCACCCCCUGGACGGAUACCGCAUCACCGUCCAGGACAUCGAGGCCGUGGCGGCGCACCAGGGUGUCGCGUUCAAGCAGGGCGACAUCUUCAUCCUGAGGACGGGCAUCACCGCCAUCAUCGACAGACCCGAGCCGGCGGACAUGGCAAAGAUGGCGCAGAGGAAGCUGUCGGGCGUGCACGGCACGGAGGAGACGGCCCGGUGGUUCUGGAACAGGCACUUCGCCGCCGUCGCCGGCGACGCGAACGCCUUCGAGGCCCUGCCCCCGCUGGACGCCGACGGUGCCGAGGCGCCCAUGACCAGUCUUGUCUUGCAUCCCUAUUUUCUCAGCCUCUUCGGCAUGCCCAUCGGCGAGCUGUGGGACCUGAGCCGUCUCUCGGCCUACUGCAAGAAGACGGGUCGAUAUACCUUCUUGCUUACCUCUGCUCCGUUGAACGUCUCUUGCCUGGUCGGGUCUCCGCCGAACGCUUUGGCGAUCUUUUGA